CUGCCCGACUCUUAGUCGAUCAGUGUGCUCGAUCAGUGGUUUUCAGUGGCGCGCCCGUCCGUUCUGCCGGCCAGCAUGCUUGUGAAAAUAAACAAUCCUUUCCAAACAUUUUUUCCCUUCAAAAUCACUCCAAUCGUUCGUUUCGUCUGACCCGAGCUAAUCGAAAGUAGUCAUUUAACCCCUGCAGUCUACUCGAGGAUCUGGUUUGGAUAAUUCUCUUUGCAGAAGGAUUUUGUCACAUCUCUCCUUUUUUUGGGAAUAACAAUCUCUGGAGUUACGGACGCCCAGAGUAGCAGUUUACCGUCGCUAUUAGGAUGUACAAACUGUUAACAUGGGCUUCAGGGUUGCUCGUUUUCCUUUUCUCCAUCACGCGGGCUCUCGACAACGGUCUGGCGCGCACGCCGCCCAUGGGCUGGCUCGCCUGGGAGCGCUUCCGCUGCAACAUCGACUGUAAAAAUGAUCCAGAAAACUGUAUUAGUGAUAAACUUUUCCGAACGAUGGCGGAUCUUGUGGUUUCGGAGGGGUAUGCCUCCGUCGGAUAUGAAUACAUCAACAUUGACGACUGCUGGCUGGACAAAAGGCGGGCUUACACCGGACACUUGCAACCGGAUAAAGCUAGGUUUGCGUACGGCAUAAAAGACCUCUCUAACUAUAUUCAUUCGAAAGGGCUGAAAUUUGGGAUUUACGAGGACUAUGGGAAUUACACCUGUGCAGGUUAUCCAGGAGUCCUGGGCAACCUCGAGCUGGACGCUUUCACUUUCGCUGACUGGGAGGUCGACUACGUCAAGCUGGACGGCUGCUACUCCCUCCCUAGGGACAUGGACAAAGGUUAUUCUGAAUUUGGUUUUCAUCUGAAUCGGACAGGAAGAAAAAUGGUGUACUCCUGCAGCUGGCCGGUUUACCAAAUUUACAAUGGAAUGCAGCCCAACUUCACGGCCAUCAUCGAGCACUGCAAUCUGUGGAGGAAUUUCGAUGACAUUCAAGACUCCUGGGCCAGUCUGGAGAGCAUAAUCGACUAUUAUGGCAACAAUCAAGACGUCAUCGUGCCUAACGCAGGACCGGGCCACUGGAAUGAUCCCGAUAUGUUGAUUAUCGGUAAUUUCGGUUUGAGUUACGAGCAAAGCAAAGUGCAGAUGGCAAUGUGGGCAAUUUUGGCGGCACCCCUGCUGAUGUCGGUGGAUUUGAGGACAAUCAGACCGGAAUACAAGGCCAUUCUCCAGAAUCGAAAGAUCAUAGCCGUAGAUCAGGACCCUCUUGGGAUACAGGGGAGAAGAAUAUACAAGCACAAAGGAAUCGAAAUCUGGGCAAGGCCGAUAACGCCGAUAUCGCAGCAUUUCUUCUCCUACGCCAUCCUAUUCCUCAACAGGAGGACAGAUGGUACGCCAUCAGACGUCGCCGUCACCCUGAGCGAAAUGGGUCUCACAUCUACCAGUGGAUAUAGGAUAGAGGACUUAUACGAGGAUGUAGACUAUGGUGUUUUAACACCACAAACAAAAAUCAAGGUGAAAGUAAAUCCUUCAGGAGUUGUCAUGCUCCGAGCCGAUGUCCAGCCAGUCUACAGGCAAAUCACGCCAUACGACCCUUUCAGACAAGCCUUUUCACUGCGGACACUUAAUGAUUUCAAGAAAAAAUAACGCUGGGCUCACGAGAAACUUAACCUACCGGUUAUCCAUAAAACCGCCCGAGACCUAUCCACAUGAAAGAGUUUCCUGACUGCAGUUGGCGAUACUGUUGCUUGUCUUUAUCAAGAAUGGUUGGAGUCUGGAUAAAUGAUCUCGAUUAAUUUACGCGAUUACGCUGAGCCAUAAUCCUGCUGCUCGUCGAGGAAUUUCGCUGCCAAUACUCAAGGUUUGAUUUAAGUGAAACUACCCUUUCCUUAGCUAUGAUCGGAACAUGGCUGAACUCGGGAUGCUCUUGGUUUAUUUUCUGGAGAAUCUAACGUCAAAAUGAACCAGAAUGACAAACCAAGAGGCAGCAUUUGCCUUUCUACCAUUCUGCCGUAUGAUAUCAUUGAGCUCUAAAAUGAUAGAAAAAAGGUACCAAGGACAAAAAUUGAUGCGUGGUAGGAUUUACGAGAAAUUAGGAGGUCUGUCUUGCACAUUUGACUGACAUUUUUAGGUUCAAUGACUUCAUUUUUAUUAUAAGAUACUUUUCAUCUGACAUCAUGUAAAGUUGAAUGUCAGAGUUCAAUAAAAAAUAACGCUCUCAUAUCUGGGAAAUUAUCCAAAAAUACUCUCGAUUUUUACCAUGUAUCGAUCAAAAACAUAAAUCGAUAGCCAAUGAAUGGGUAGUUCCACGUUGAGAAAAGGCCACGCGCUGCAUAGAAAAGCGCUCCGAGAACCAAAUAAACUGCAUUUUGCGAUUCGGAGCCAUAAAUUCUAGCUCAUCUGAAAAAACACUUAUGUGCAUAAGGAAACUAAUGGCACAUACGUUGUUUUUAAACCGGGCCGGAAUUUAUAGCUCCAAAUUGCAAAAUGCAGUCCAAAUGAUCCUAGCGUGUCGCCCCAGAUAAGGAUAUUUCCGACGAGUGAGCGAAAUUUUCCCUUCGAAGUAUGAACACACUACACCCGCGACAGCAGUAGCCAAGUAGGAAUCCUCAUCGAGAAUUACUUUUUUAAGCAGUUCUCGGAUCUGUUUGAUCACGUUUAAUAUUUCCGUAGUGGAGUAGUAUGUACAUUAUUUUGAAGGUAUUUCUAGCGCACUUGCCCAAGAUAUCGUCGCUCCUUUGACAUAAAGGCGUGUUUCCAUUUCCACACAAGCCGUGCAAAACUAGGAGCUGUAUAGACAAUACGGCCCUGACUCAUCCCAAACAAGGCGACAAAAUGCUUCAGAACAAAAGUAAAUGUCUCAUAGGUUCGGCACGGUAAACAUUUUCUAUUGGAGCAAUAGAAAUUCAAAUUAAUACUAGCCUGGAGAAGAAUUUUCGUUUAGCCAACAGGAAAGAUCCUUGUCUUGAACGGUAUGUCCGUUAUGUCGAUGAGUCGCGCUAGCGCUUAAAGGAGAUAUCCGGCCGACUCACUGAAAAUACUUGUUCCGAAAUUAUUGACUGGAAAAUUCUUCCCAGUAAUGCAAAGAUGGCGAUUUUGAGAGCCAACCAUCAACUCCGACGUGAUUUUUCAAUACUCACAGCUUGAAUUUAGUAACACGUCAAUUUUAGAGGGUGAUCCAGGAGACCCAUACAUUUGUUUACAUCUACACGGAGAAAAAAACUUCGGGCGUGGGACCCGAAGUUUAGGUCAUAUGGAUCUCUGAAGUUUUCGAAUUGAGCAUCCGAACUCUUGAGGUCCAGCUGCUGAGGUUUUGAUCACACAUCUGAAACUGCAGUUCUUACAUCUCAAGUACUUCGGUUUUCACAACCGAAAAACCGCGGUUCUCACAUUCGAAAAACUGCGGUUCUCACAUCUGAGGUACUUCGGAUGUAAGAACUGAAGUUUCAGAUGUGUGAUCCGAACCUCGACAGCUAGACCUAAAGUGUUUAGAUGCUCAAUCUGAAAACUUCAGAGAUCCAAAUGACCUAAACUUUGGGUUCCACGCACGAGGUUUUCUUCUCCGUGUAUAUUGAUUUAAAAGGAAAAUCUAAAGCUGUUGAACAAUGCAGAACUACCCCCUAAAAACUGUAGCUUUGAAAAAGAGCAAAAAUGCCGUUUUUCAAAAUUAGAGGAUAUUUAAUUCUGAGGUAAUUUUUUCCCCUCCGAAAUGACCACGGAGCCUUUUCUAUGCGGCGUGUGAGAUUUGUUAUGUUCGUAGCAUUUUAGUCAUUUGGAAAUCAUCUUUUAAGUGUUAAGGGUUAAGUUACUCCCGGUUAUUGUGCCCUACAUGAUUGAGCUCACGUAACAGUAAUACUAUUCGUAUUAGUUACGCUUGCAUAAAGCCCUUCUCUUGUAAAAAUAUGUUCACAUACUUAAUUCCCGUUUUUUUCUUUUUAUUUUAUUCUGAAUUUUCAGAGGUCAACAGAGGUGCGAUAUUGCUGCUGCGUGUAUAAAUUCAGGUUUUGAAAACUUGCUUUGUAAUUUUUACUUUAAUGAUUUACAAUAGAUUGAGAGCAUCAUUAAAUGAACAUUGAACUAUUUUCCCAAAAGAAGUAUAGCUAACGUAAAAAAAGAAAACUCUUGGUAAUUUAAUUUUGAAAAGUGUACAAUCUUUCCGGCAUUUAUUUAUGUAUAUCUAAAUGCUGUGUUUAUUCAUUAUGCGAAUUUUAUCAAAGUAUGAACUUCAUUUUCGUUUCGACCUUUGAAAUGUUAACACAGAUUAAUUGCACUCAGAUUGUAAACAGUCUAAGAUAUUUUAAAAGAAAGGGCUUCCUUUCAAGGAUCGUGUUCUGAUGAAGACGGAUUUAAAUUCUCUAUCAUCGUCUUCCAAACUUGGACAUGAUCACAGAUUCAUCACUACGUUGUAAGUGGAAAUGCUAUAAUCCAUAUCAUGACUGAACCUGAUGAAUCUAAAGUAAAUGCAGGCCAUAUCGCACCUCAAAUUUUUUUUUGCCACUUUGUUAUGACUGUAAGUAAUUUUUAAGUUAGCAACGUCUCGCCAACCAUACUUGAGAAAGUUCCUUGAUGCUGAAUCUAUAGAAAACCUACGACAAUAGAUAAUAUGAUAUUCAACUGAAUUGAAACCUGGAACUUUCAAGCAGAAUUAGCUAAUCUUGCAGAGAUCUUUUCAGUGCCUGUUUCUCUCAUCGAAGAUCAGCUAAGCUGCAGUGAAAAUGCCUCCCUUAAACAUGUCCCAAAACGAGCCGGAUUCGUAUAUUUUACCCUGCAAUUUUCACACUGAUUCAUUUCCGUUCGCGGUUUCGCUUAGGACGAAAUCUUGAUUUCAAAAAUACUUGAAGUCACAUCAGGUGUCCAAGUUAAGAAAAAACCAUUUUCUAUGGCUAUAUGGGUAUAUUCUAUGGCUCUGUCUCAAACCAAUGGCAGGUUUUAACACAUGCCUGUUAGAAUGAACACAAAAUCAGUAUUUUUCAACUCCGCACCAAUGUGAAAUUCUCGUCUUUUGGUUUUUUAAGCUGUAUUUUAUUCGGCGUUCGUAUUUACACCCGGCCUGUUUGCAUUUAAAAUGUAAGUUACGUAAUUUCUGCGUACUGUCGCAUAAAUGUCAUUAUUAUGAGCACGUUGAAGAGCUCCCGUCAUUUAAGUUAGAAUGGACUAUAAGAUGAAACCUCGCCGUUUUUAUUUCAAUGUCGACCAUUGAACAGUUAUAUCAAUCUCUGCCAGUAUAUAAUCGUCAAAAGUAGGAGGUAUUUCAGACUCUUUUUGAAACAGGUAACCAAAUUUUUGUGGAAAGGUAUUUCAGACUAUCUUUAGAAUUUACCCCUAACGCACUUAUGACAUUUUUUCUCAGUUUGUCAUUUUUUACUUUAAUUCGUCAACGGUAUUCCUCAAGAUUUUUCCCACAUAUUAGUGUGAGUCAAACUUCAUUCAACGCUUGAUCCAAAAACUUUCAAACGCAAGUAUAUAUGAUUCCGGAGUAAUAUGCAGUGGAAAAAUCAUAAUCAAAAUAAUGUAUAGUUAGUUCUUUUAAAUUGGGUCAGUUUUAAAACAGUCUGUUUCUUAAAUUUUAAGUAUACAAAACUCUUUGUAAUCUAAUAAACUUCUGUGAUAAUUUUU